AUGGCUUCACCUUCGCCCCCGAUCCCGCUGGACAUGGCCGCCACCGGGUCCCUGGGGCCCUUUCCCACUCCCACCCACGGCCAGCCCGGAGCCGGCUCGUUCACUAUAGCCUGUUCCGCACAUAUCAAGGCCACACCUCGCACAUGUCUUGAAAUUCUUUUGAAGGCGUCAGAGUACCCAACAUGGAAUCGCUACUGCCGGAAAUGCAUCAUAGACGCUCAGCCGGAUGGAAACCAGCCCAAGGACAAGAAUUACAAAAAGUCCAAGUCCAUGACGGAUAAGAACAAGUCAAAUCCCAAGUCUGGUAAGCCCGGGGAGCCGGUAGACAUACCCGUGGCCGUGCCCGUGGCCGAGCCUGCUUCGGUUACUGCUUCUGUUGCUGGUACUGCUCCCCGCACGCUCUCCCCUGCCAACCCUCACUCCUCAGGGGUAUCUUCCGCUUCAUCUGCCCAACAAGCUCUUCCCAGCCUGGUUGACCCAGAGUUCCUCCGCCUAGGCACUAAAUUCACUUUCCAUGUCCAUAUGGACCCUCUAUCAGAGGACAGCAGCGCCCGCAACACCGCGCUCGAAGUCAGUCGUCUGGAGAGGAUUGACGAGGUUGUCAAGGCGGAUGUCUCGUCUGUUUUCGGGUCGGCUGCUUCAUUGCCUAGUGAUGGUGGUAGUGGGACUGACAGUGGGGCGAAGACUGGGGCUGCUCAGGAUAGUGGUCGUGACGGUGGUGGUGAUGGUGGUGAUGCUAGUGGUGCUGAAAGUCAAAACGAUGACCCUCACCCUGAUGCUGCUGCUGCUGCUGCUGCUGCUGCUGCUCCUCCUCCUCCUCCUCCUCAUACUGUUGAAAAAAUUGAAGUCAAUGACACUUCGGUUACGACUGCCAAAAAGGAUGGUGGCAAACCUAGCGACCCUCAAGAAAAAGACAAAGGGAAGGUGGCAGCAUCUUCAUCUUCAUCCCCAUCCAAAAACAACGACAAGCUCCAGCUCCGCCGCACCGGCUUCCGCAUAGCCUGGAAGACUCGCCCCACAGCCUUCAUGCCAAACUGGAUGCUCCGAUGCGAGCGCUUGCAGGAGUUUGUUGAAGUUCAUCCUCCCUCUAGAACGCUUGACGAGCCAGAGACGGCGUAUCAGUGCUGGGAGACGUUUUACGGAGUGUUGGCGCCGGUGGUGAAGGCGGCAGCGGGCAGUCAGAUCGUGAGGGGUUUUGAUGUGUGGAUGGAGGGGUUGAAGAAGAGGGCGGAGGGGAUUGAGGGUAGGUGGGAGCGAAAGGAGAAGGAUGAGUUGAAGUCUUAG